AGAAAAAAACUUGCUGGCACCGCCUGCCAGAUUCACAGCGGAUCUCAGCGAUUUAUCGCAUCGGCGCAUCUCCCCCUAAAGUGUGUCUAAGUGGCUCCGCCGGACAGGCUGCUUACACUGAGGCUGCGGAGCUGCUGCUGCUGCUGCCACUGUUCGCUUCACAGCAGAGGGAGUUGUCUCGCGGCUGAUGCUAGAUCAGUUCUUUAUCUCCCAUCUUCUCUCAUCGCAAUCUUUCCUCCUUCUGCGGAUGUGAGUCGACGCCGGCGGCAUAUCGCGCUGGAUGGCUGGUGCACUGAGCGAGCCGGCGUGAAGCUUUCUUUCUGCUUUUUCUCUCCCCCCCCCCCUAAAUUUCAUUAUCAUCAUCAUCAUCAUUAUUAUUAUUAUCAACAACAUCAUCAUCAAUCUCUUUUGCCUUUUUGAGGCUGACACUGAAACAACAACAACAACAAAAACAAAAAGGCAACAGAAAAACAACAAUGACAGACCCGGACAGCCAGGAGUCCUACCCUGUCCCGGACCCGACUAUUGUGGAUCCCCGCCCGGCAACAGCGCGGAACGGCCAGUGCGCCCCAGAUGGCUUCACCAACAACCAUCACCAGCAAGCCAAAUCCCCCAGCCAGCCCGAGACGUUCACCACGGGCCACGAGAUGAAAAUCACAGACGGCGUGGAGGGAGAAGGUCUCCUCGAGAGCAGCAUGCGCCUGAAGCCCCACGAGGCCCAGAGCUACAGGAAGAAGGUACUCUGGGUCUCCUGGUUCUCCAUCGUGGUGACGCUCAUACUGGCGGUGGCAGCCUUCACCGUAUCCUUCAUGAGACACAGCUCGUCCUCCUUUGGAUUUGGCUUCGAUGCCACGCUGGACGUCCUGUCGUCUUUCAUCGUCCUCUGGCGCUACAGCAAUGCAGCAGCUGUGCACUCUGCACACAGAGAGUACAUGGCGUGUGUGGUGCUGGGGGUUGUGUUCAUUCUCUCCUCCCUGUGCAUCGUUGGAAAGGCCAUCCAUGAUCUGACAACCAGGGUGCCCCCGGAAGUGGAUGACUUCCUCUACAGCGUUGCUAUAGUGAGCGGACUCACAUGUGCUGUGCUGGCUGUGGCCAAGUUCAUGCUGGGAAGAGUGCUGACCAGCCGGGCACUCAUCACUGAUGGGUUUAACUCUCUGGUCGGUUCCAUCAUGGGAUUUUCCAUUCUGAUCAGCGCCGAAGUCUUUAAGCACCACACUGACGUCUGGUAUCUGGAUGGCACCAUGGGAGUUCUCAUUGGACUCAUCAUUUUGGCUUACGGCAUCAAGCUCCUGAAGGACAUGGUGCCCCGAGUGAGACAGACGAGGAACUACGAACGCUUUGAGUGAGAGCGUGCGUUGACCGGACGGGCACGUCCACACACACACACGCGCACACACUCACACACACCUGGCUGCCUCCUGCCCUCUUCUUUCUGUCUUUCAUACACACUUUGAUACACAUCCCACCGCAGCCCAUACAGAAUCGUCACACACACACACACACACACACACACACACACACACACAUGCUGUGCACUGUACAUAGAGCAAUCACACAUUCAGACAUGACACGCACGCACAAACACGGAUGCCAGAGAGACUUUGAGGGAAAAAGGACGCGAUUGAAGACCACACACACACAUCCUGGAGAGAAAACACUUGAAGUUAUUUUUUUUUCUUUUUCUUUUUCUUUUCUGCUCUUCUUCACUUUUUUUGUUUUUUUUUGUUCGUGAUACCAGCAGCUUCGAUUUAAAAAAACGAGAAUGAGAAAAAAAAAGCAAGAGAGCCGAGUCUCCUGUCGUCGUGGUGACGCCACUUAUUCACGUCGGCACAGUUUUCCACACUGCGAGAGACUCCGGUGUAUACAUUUGUCCUCAUGGUGGAAAUAAUGGGGAGCAAAAUCCCAAAUGAUCAAAUGGUGAUUAUACUUAAAUGAGGCCUAAAACUCGGUAUGCUCCCCAUGUGAUUUUCUUGAGAAAACGUAAUAAUGAGCUCUUCGCGGAUUUCUUUGUCUCCCUAUUGUCUCUUAAUUAAGAACAUAAAUAUAUACGCCCAAGAUGAGCUGAGGGCUCCUCACUCAGUUUAUUUAUUUACAUUGUAUUCUGUUUCUAGUUGUUGUUAAGUACGGGCGAUGCCUUCCUAAAUCAGAUAGAAGGUUCCUGUCAAAAGCCCACCAGCCUCCUUCCUUUGAAGCGGCCGCUUUACAUCCUAAUUUGGUCGCUGAGAGAGGAGCAGAGACAGCCUUCAUCUAGAAACCCGUCGACUAAAAGCACACACGCGGCUGUAAAGAGCACAGGAGACGUUAUGGACAAACAUUUGCCAUAGGAAGGCUGUAAAGCUAAAGUGCACAAGUCGUAUAUACACAAUGCGUAGCCCACUGCACUGUGGGUAAUGUGUCCGAGCACAAAUUAGCCGACUUUCCUUCACCCGCCGGUGUUUGUUGACGACAGUUCAGCACAGUGGGUUGUUAAUAACUAGGAAUUGAUUUAAGGGAUUUUGCUGUGUUUUGUCUGCUGUAUCUGACUUUCAUCGCCAUAUAUUGUGCGUAUCUUUUGAUUUGUUUCUUCACACAUACAUAAAUGGGUGAGUUAAUUACUGAGAUGCAUUCAGCAGCUCUUCUAACAACUGAAAAACAGUAAUAAAAUCCAGGUUGUUAAGGGUAAGGUGGAAUAAAACGUCUCAAUAUUUAUGGUAGGAGGCCCCGGGGAAGACCGAGGACACGCUGGAGGGAUUAUAUCUCCCGGCUGGCCUUGGAACGCCUCGGGAUCCCCAGAAUGAGCUGGAAAGUGC